AUGCUUGCGCGCAGUAAGGGCAAAGCCAGAGUCGACCAGGGAAAACUUCCGAUCGAAUUCCGCAAAAAUUUGUCUUUGAACAAGAAGGACUUCGGCUCCAUUGAAUACAUGCUUCGAAAAGGGCACCGCCAGCUGGAGAUCUACUCUGACCCAGGAAUCCGAAAUGUAUCUCAUUAA